AUGACUUCCACGACUUUGAUGACAUUUCUCCUAUGCGCCCCUCCGCACGUUCGCUCCGUCAAGCUACUCGGCUCGUGGGAUAACUUCUCCAAACCCUACGUCAUGGAGAGGGAUCGACGCACCGGCGCCGGACAAUGGCGAGGCUGCCAUACCUUUACCGAUAUCGUCUGCGAUGGGCAAUCCCAGAGUCCCUCUUCCCGCUCAGGGGGCCUCAAAAUGGGUGCCACCUACUGGUAUUACUAUCUGCUGGACGACGAUGUAGAAUACCACAACGAGGCCGAACCGGUCACCUCGCGCUGUCCUUUCCUACCCGGCCAACCGGUCAACGUGCUGCACGUCCCCGUCAUCCUCCCCGACACGCACUCGACCAGCUCGCGCGAUCAGAGUCUAGCCGGUUUGCGAACCGACCACCGAACGAUGAACCCGGAGGAUAAAUUCAUGAAUCCGCGUCAACCUCCCAAACCCAAGGCGUCCCGCCUUCGCACCUCGCCGCCUCACCUGCAAGAGCCGACCCCCGCAUGGUCCUUCAACGCCUCGCCCCUGGGCGCCCUGGUCCACCGAAGCGCCUCCCAGCCGCGCAGCGCAACCCACUCCAGCGGAAGCCUAGGCAACAAGUCCGCCCGCUCCGUCUCCCCGCCCCGGUCGAGAGGCAUCCGCUCCGCCUUCCGCCAGUGGAACGCGUCGUCCCCGGACCUGACAUCCGCGGACCAACUCUCCGUGGAGCCCACCACUGCCCUCGCACGAUCCCGCCCGCGCAGCCGACAUGGCCAUGCACUGUUCGGGGACCGACCCGAGCGCAGUGCCUCCGACCGUGUCCCCCCGCGCGACCGGACCCCGCGAUUCCCAGACGACACGCUGCUUCUCCGACGGCCCGCCUCCGCCGGGAGCCGCGAAUCGCAGCCUCUAUCGAUCCAGGACCGACGGGCACGGAGUUCGAGUUCCUCGGCGCCCUCGUCUUCCCACGUGCCGUUGACCGUGCAGACCCGGCCAGGUCUCCCGCGGAGAACCACAAGCAGUGACCAGGGCCCGCACGCCCGCCCAGCACAGAAAUUCCUCGCCCCGCUGGAUACCAAAAUUCCACCGCUGCUAGCGACCGCCGCCGAGCUGGCCCUGUCCGACAGCGCAGCCACCCCCCGCCCAUCCCCAUUCACCGAGAAGCGACUCCCAACGCUCCCCAACUCGCCAUCCUCCGUAAUGGACGACGCCCUCGCAGACCUCGACGAGCGCGAACGCGCCCUCGACGUCGAAAAUCUCGGCAGCCACUUCUCGGACCUCACCGAAACCGACGCCUCAUCGCGCGCCAGCAGCAGUCCCCCCUGCGAGCGCAGCCGCUUCUCCUCAUGGAGCACCGACAACGAAGUCACCCACGACUCCACAAUCCCAUCCACCCACUUCCCCCCCACCACCACCAGACACCACAACCAUGACGCCACCUCUCCCGUCCCAGACAGCACCGAAGUUCCCGAACUCCUCAACCCCUCCACAACAGCCGAAGACCCCGACACCCCCCACCUCCCCCUAAACUGCAAACCCUCCCCAACAACAGUCAUCGGCGGCGACGACUCCCCCUGCUGGGCCGGCCUCCCGCCACCACACCACCACUCCGCCGACGACCUCGACAUCCCCAGCCUCUCCAUCGAGGACACCGUCGACGACGUCGAGACCAACCCCAAGCGCUACGCGGCCUUUUUCGGCGAGAUGGAUCCGCUGGAGGCGUUGGGGCUGGCGAAGAGUCCUGAUGCGCCUGUGUUGCGAUUUCCAGAGCGGGGGUCGGAUGCGGCUGUGUCGAGGAAGGGGAGUGCUGUUUCGGCGGGGGGGAGUGAGCGUGCGGGGAGGUCCGAGGAUGCGGUGCAGGAGAUGUUGGAUGAGUUGAGUUAUUUGAAGAAUAUGAUUUAA